UACAUGAAUACAUGCAGUUCUUUCCAUCGCUGUCAGGAGGAAAAAUAUCAGUAAUAGUCCCAAAAGCCUGCGAGCCAUUGCAGCUGUUUAUGCAAGUCAACAGGUGACAGUCAAACGUCAAACCACAUUGGAGUAAACACGCUCCGAGUAAAAAGACAGACAGAUAAGGAGGAGGGAAGAAAGAAUGACAGAAGAGGAGAGGACACGACAGGACAGAAGUGAGGAUCCAGCAGACGUUUGGAGGAGAGGCUUUUGUUCAGCUACACAGAUGAACAACAGGAAGGAGGACAUGGAGAUCUCCUCUCACUACCGUCAGCUCCUCAGAGAGCUCAAUGAGCAGAGGCAGCACGGCAUCCUCUGCGACGCCUGUGUCAUCGUGGAUGGAAAGAUCUUCAAGGCCCAUAAGAACGUGCUCCUGGGCUCCUCACGCUACUUCAAAACUCUUUACUGCCAGGUUAAAAAAGGGGCAGAACCUCACCACCAGACCACUGUCACUCACCUGGACAUUGUCACGGCGACAGGCUUCAAAGCCAUACUGGACUUCAUGUACUCAGCCCACCUCGCUCUCACCAGUAAGAACGUGAUCGAGGUCAUGUCAGCCGCCAGCUACCUGCAGAUGACGGACAUUGUCCAGGCAUGCCACAGCUUCAUCAAGGCUGCGCUGGACAUCAGCAUCCGCUCCGAGAUGGCUGAGGAACUGGCUGACUUUGAGAUGGGAGCUGUUGCUGCUGCUGGCAUAGGCGGAGGUGGAGGAGGUGGAGGAGGACUGGGUAUAGCAGGUGCAGGGGGUGGUGUGGGAACAGGUUUAGGAGGAGGAGGAGGAGUAGGAGGAGGAGGAGGAGGAGGGAUUGUGGGCAUGGCUUCUGAAGCCCUUGCCUCCAUCAUGUCUGGUCGCAGCACCUCCCCUUGGCUGGCUCGCCGCACCAGCCCGGCCAACUCUUCUGGGGACUCGGCCAUCGCCAGCUGCCACGAGGGAGGCAGCAUGUAUGGCAAGGAGGACCAAGAACCCCCCAAGAGCCAUGAGAGCCAGGAAGAAGCCUGCCACGACUCCCAGCCUGCCUGGCCACACGACUACAGGCCUGUCACCGUCAAAGAGGAACAGGUGUCCCCCGCCUCCUCUUCACAUCCCCGGGACACUCCCAGAGGGGCAGCCCAGAGCCAGGGGGAGCAAGGGGCUGGAGGGGCUUCUGGAGGCGGUGGAGAGGGACCCUGGCAACCCCUAUCAGGGUCAGGGCGGAGGAAGAACAGGAAGAACAAAGACACUGUUAGGCAUAUUACCCAGCAGGCUGAGACAAACUGGGACAGAGAGCGGGACAGGGAGAGAGAAAGGGACAGUAGGCCGGGAUCUCCUCUGCCCUCCAUGCUGGCUGUGGCAGGAUGGAACUACAACGGACAGGAAAUCCCAGGGGCAGACGUGACCGAACCCAACAGCUCAGACAGCCGUGGCGAACGCCUAGACUUCUUCCUCAAGCAGGAAGAGCCUCUCACCACAGAGCCCAGCUACCUGGGUCCUAACGAAUCAGAAGAGGCUGGGGGAGGAGGCGUGGGUGGAACAAUCUCAUCUGUAGCCAAUCUGAAGGCGGCGCUGAUGAGUAAGAACAGCCUGCUGUCUCUGCGGGCUGAGAUGAUGGGAGAUGAUAACCCUUUGUUGUUUGAGUACCUGCCCAAAGGAGCACACUCCCUGUCUUUGAAUGACUUCACAGUGAUCCGUAAAAAGUUCAAGUGCCCCUACUGCAGUUUCUCUGCUAUGCACCAGUGCAUCCUGAAGAGGCACAUGCGCUCUCACACUGGCGAGAGGCCCUACCCCUGUGAAAUCUGUGGCAAGAAGUUCACCAGAAGGGAGCACAUGAAGAGGCACACACUGGUCCACAGCAAAGACAAGAAGUACGUGUGUAAAGUGUGCAGCCGGGUCUUCAUGUCAGCAGCCAGCGUCGGAAUCAAACACGGCUCGAGGCGCCAUGGCGUCUGCGCCGACUGCUCUGGCCGGGGCAUGGCCGCGCUGCUGGACCACCACGGGGAGGUGGGAGGAGACAUCUCUCCGGAGGAGGAGCUGUAUCCCGGCGACCGUUUCCACGAUGACCAGGCGGAGUGCGACGGUGAUGGAGAGGGGGAGGAGGAGAUGAUGGUCGAAGGGGACGGAGAGAUGAUGGGAGAAGGGGAGGAGGAAAGAGGGAAGUGGAAGGACUCGGGGAUGACCUCCGAGGCACACGGAGCACUGGACAAUGAGAAGGAGGAGAGCGACUCCUCGGCACAGGAGGGGGAGCAGCAGAACGGGAGUGAGAGGGACUUCACCUGGAUCUCCUAGGAUCUGUCAGGCACCUAUCAGCGGCUCGUCAACCAAUCUCUAAAGAUCUCUUGCGAUCUCUCAGGCAGAAUCCUCUGCUCUCUUUACCCAUUCGUCCCACCGUGGGCAGGCCUUCCUUUGAAUGGAAAUGCUGUAGGGUGAUGCGCGACAAUGAUCUAGAACCAUCAUGAGUAACACAAUCAAAUGCACACACAGACAGACACACACAGACAGACACACACACACAAACCAAACACACAAACACACACACACACACACACACACACACACACACACACACACACACACACACUUAGGCUAUUCUCAACCUUGACUGCCAUAGUAGAAGAAGAGUGGUCAAGAGAUGGCUCAAGUGCAAGGCUUUUUCUGCUUACCUCCUUUACUUCUGAUGCAGUGUUUUUUGUGUUUCUUUUUCUUGAGGGUUCAGGCCAGAGUCCAGUAGUUUUCUACUCUGUCACAACAGAAAUCAACGAGGACGCUGCCAAGGACAUGGCCAAUGCAAGACUGCAACUUUGUAUGUUUGCCAUCACAAUCACCAUGGAAACCAAGGAUCACUGACAGUGUAGGGAAAAAGCCAGGAGGGAUGGAGGGUGAGGGGGGAGGGGGGUGGGGAGGGUGUCUUGGUCCCACCUCGGCUGUAAUGUUUCUUGGGAAAGCGUCUCUCUACGAGUGAAGGGAGAGUCUGAAUCUAUUGCGAAGCUACGCGUGUCAGAGGGCCGGGCAGCUUGAUGGCACAUUGUCGAUGCAGAGUCCUACUGCCACAGACUUGCACUUUAAUGACAACUGACUCCUAUCAAAGCCCUGAACCCGUGGUUUACAUUUUUGAUCUGAUCUUUACUUACCUAAACAACUCGGUGACCGCACCUACCUUUAAGGAUAUACUUUAUGUCCUCUUGACUGUUAUCACAAUAUAGAAAUCACUGAAUCUUUGUGCAGAUUGCUGUUUAUAUAGCCAAUGCCUUUUCAGUGGGUUCCUUGAGUUUACCACACACAGUUUCUAUCAAUCCAUUCCAACAAAUACUGAAGAAUUGACUAAUGUACAUAUGUUUUUUUUAUUAUUAUUAUUUAAAAGGGGAAUGUGUUUGAGACAGAGAGAGACAAAGAGAGUGUAUGCCAGAGUUUGUAGACAACGUGGACAUCUGUGUCAGCUUCCCCGUUUGGAAAAUCAACAAUGGAUCCACACGAACUACACGAUUAACUCUUUCUGUCUCUCUCGUUGUCUCUGGUUCAGUUUCUCAAACAGUGAAGGUUGUGAUGAUAGGACCUGAGAGCCACGUCUCUCACAGCGGAAGAGGAACUGCCUUUGUUUCAAAAGCUCUUUUUUUCUUUUUUCCCUUCAUGUCAGUCAUGGAGUUCCAGUUUCUCAAUACAGAAUAUGCAGCCUCUUUCCAUGGUUUAGCUCUCAUUUGGGGAUCUAUUUUAUCCAGCUUUGUAAGGUUAAAAGAAGAGGAUCAAAAUUGCGCUUGACAUGUCCAAGUUUGAUAUUCGUAGAGAGUGUAACAUUAAUUUGUUUUGUUUAAAAGCUAUUUAUUGAAAAUUUGUGGAUUUCCAUAUUUUUUGGAGAAGUCAUUCCCUCCUCUCUCUUUCUCAAUCUCUCUCUCCCCCCCCCCCCUCUCUUUCUCUCUCUCUGUUUUUGGGUGGAACACAAUGGGUGUUUGUAUGCAAGGAUGUUUGAGUGUCCAGUGUCCAAAAAAAAAGAGUCUAUAUCAAUUUCCUAAGAUUAUUUCCAUGUUUUCGGCAAUGUUGACAUUGACAAUUCAAGUGAGCCAGACGAGAUGUCCUAUUAUUAUGAUUAUCAGAACAAUUACUGUUGUUGAUGUAACUAUUAUGAAUUAUUAUUAAGUGCUGGAUGCUAAGCUUUAUUGUGUGUUCUUUUUUUGAUAUUUUAUAUCUUGUAUAAGAAAAAAAAGCUUUUAUACUUUGCCUUGUUGUGGACAGCAAGCCAUAAGGCUUUUAUCAACCUUUUAUUGUGCCAGUUUACGCUUUUUCUGUCGUAUUUGCUUUUUUUUUUUACCAAGGGGAAAAACAACUUCACUGUCAAACUUCUCUGUUAGAUAUUGAUUGAAACAUAUAUUCUGCACAUGCUUUUGCAUCACUAAUGUACACUAAUUGAUUUAUAUCGAACCAAAAACUAUCUAGUACCUUGUAUACAUGAAGUGCUUUUCGUUUCACAGUGUGUAUGUGUGUGCGUGUGCGUGUGUGUGCAGGUGCUUUUUUGGGAUUUUAUUGUCGUGGUUAACAGUUUUGUUGUUGGGGUUGUUUUUAUUUUUUGAACCUGUCACUAUUUGUCACAGUUUGAAAAAAGUGCACAUGCCAUGGUAUUAUUGUGAAUAUGAAGAAGGGCUGUGUGAAAGGACCGGCUAGCUUUUGAAGAUUGCAUCUUAAAACCAAGCUGAUUCGAUAUUUUGUUUCUAGUUUCUACUGUCUCACGCCUGGCACGACACACAAUCAAGUAGAAAUGCAGCAUGCAGACACAACGCUCCCCUCAGACAGUGUUGAGAAUACAUGCUGUGUUUCUAUCUGCCAGUGUUUACUGGCUUGAGUUCAUUUACACACAUAAAAAAAAAAAGGGAAAGUGAGCACUGCAGUAGUAACUCUGGGAAACAUGUUGCCUAUCUGCUACAGGUGGCAUGGAAUGCACUUCCCAUUAACCUCCACUGAGAAACUCUCUGAUUUAUGAUGCUUUCUUCAUGUCUGGCAACUGUCUUUAUUUUAUUUGUAUUAUUUAUUGUGUUUUUGUUGAACCCAUCUAUUUAAAUUUUUGGGUAGAGAAAAAAAAAGAAAAAAAAGAGAGACAAUGGGGUAGUUUUUUUUUAUGAAUGUCAAUGGUGGGUGUGGAAGGAGCCCAUGAUCAGCGACAAAUCUCUGUCCUGUGGUGCCAUCGUGGCCACUGAGAGACAUCUGGAUGUAUGUGUGACUCCCCGGCCCCGUGCUCUUCUCACGACCUGUACUGUAUGUCUUCUUCCUCAUACUGGGUUGUACUUCAGGAAAACGUCUGCCAUCAACCCCUCAAUAUGUGCCUCAAUGACAUUUCACCCGUGUGCUUGUGAGAGUGUCUGCUACCGAGAGAUGGGUAUGUUUGUGUCAACGGAUAGAGAUUACUAAAAUGUGGCUGAUCAGAUUAGAGGUGCAAAAUGUUUGAGGAUAAAUCUUCGAAGAGACAAAUCAUGAUGGGUGACUAGAUUCUCCUUCCCACCGUGUAUUGAUGACCUAUUGUGCCCUAUCUGUGGUCUUAACUGCAUGCCUGUGCUUAUUUCGUCAUACCAAAGCGACGUCUUCGGCAUCUGCACACAACUGUCUCAUUCCACACGAUGCAAAACUGGAACUAUUUGCUCUAUUGCAGAUGAAUAUGGGUAUUCUUAGACGUGUACAAAUUGCAAUCCUCAUUUAGCCUGUAUAGCUUGAUUCACAUGUGCAAAUCAUGAAGCCAUAGAUAUGGGUAUAUCUAUAUUAUACUAUAUUUCAAAAUUGGCGCUUUUUACUUUAGAUUUUGUUCUGUGUGUAUACCUUCAUAUAUAUGAAUUUAUAUUACUAUUAUAUAUUAUUUAUUUUCUCUCAAGUUUCAGAAGGUCUUUGAUUUGUAUGAGGUCACACUUGAAGCUUGAGGCUUGUUUAUUUUCAUUGGGAAUAUUGUUCAAUAUGAUACUGACUUUAUAUUGAUGAUUAUCAUAAACCUGUGUUUGUAACAAAAUGUGUUAAAUAAUCCAAAAAAAAAAACCUGUCCUGUUUUUACACCUGUUUUGUUUUCGGGCAGAUUGAAGUGCUCUUGUGCAGAUAUUUUUUUUUUUUGGUUGAUAGUACUGAUCACAAAACAUUUUUACAGCCAACCAUGAGCCUCCUGUUUUUGAUGUUGGGGCCGGCCCACCGGCCAUCCGAGCCUCUUUUUAACUUCAUGUUUAGUGGAAGAAUUAGCUUGACUAUUAUUUGCAAAAACCAAUCAAUCUCAAUAAAUUUUGAAAUUGCUGCUGUAAAGAAGUGA